AUGAGGAUCAAAUAUGAUGUUCAUAUUGCAACCCUCAAGGAGCGUCCCUUGGAACUGGGCAAGAUUGUGUCCGGUAGCAUUUUGGGUCUCGGAGGAGGCCUGGUUAUCUUGGCUGGUGGCUGGAUCUUCACAAUAGCGACCUGCCUGGUGGCAUACCAAGCCACCCAGGAAUUCUAUGGCUUUGUCACGUCCAAGGGAAUCAGUGCAGGCAUGGAGCCACCUCCGCCUCUUGUCAGUGCGCUGACCAGCCUGAUGUGCAUCUGCCUGUCCGUAUGGACCUACGCAUCAAAUGGCCGGUCAACGGCAGCCUUGGCGGUCUCCUCCUUUGCCCUGCUGUCCCUGCAGCUUCUGAUGGUAAACAAGCUUAAGUUUUCGCAGCUGGCGUCGUCAGUCUUUGGUCUAUUCUACUGCGGCUAUUUGCCCAGCUUUUGGAUCAAGCUGCGUGUGCUUUCAGCUCCUGCCAUCAACAGCACAGCACUGCACGGAUGGCCGGUGCUCUUUGGAGGUAUCUCGCACUGGACAGUGGGCCUCAUUGCCACCUUCAUGGCGGUGGCAUGCACGAUUGCGGCUGACACUGGAGCGUACGCAUUUGGCAAGACCCUGGGGCGCACGCAGCUCAUCAGCAUUAGCCCAAAGAAGACUGUGGAAGGCGCCAUUGGCGGCCUCAUGUGCAGCACACUGGUGGCCCUCGCCUUCUGGCGCUUCCUGAGAUGGCCUGCUCAGGCUGGCGUGGCUGUUGGGCUAGCUCUUCUCAUCUUCCUUGCCAGCCUCUGCGGGGACCUCAUAGAGAGCGUAAUGAAACGGGAUGCUGGCCUGAAGGAUGCGGGGGAUCUGAUCCCUGGCCACGGCGGACUCCUGGACAGAUUCGACUCCUACAUCUUCACCGGAGCUAUUGUGUAUUUCAUCCUGAAGUUUGUCACUCCCCUUUUUGGUCUGUAG